CCGAACCUGUUCUCUCCAUUGUCUAGUCGAUGGCACUCCGUUUCACUCUCCUUUCUCGCAACUUACUGAGGAAUCGAUAUUGCGGCGACAUUUGGCGCCCCUCGACCCAAUUGGGAUGGCGGCGACAUCUUGCCACCGUUUCGACGGCGGUUGCUCGGACCUCGGAAAGUCAGCUUUCCCCACAGAUUGAGCAGGCGACUUCGCGGAAUAACUCGAACAGCACGACUCUCCCGGCAUCCUGGUAUCGAAGCGACAAGCUCUGCGAAUUAGAGAAACGAGCAAUCUAUUCCAACUCGUGGUUCAUGACCACCCAUACGGCGGCGUUUACCAAACCGGGGGACUACCGAGUGUUCGAUCUGGCAGGACAAUCGAUCUUCCUAGUCAUGGGCCACGAUGGAGAGAUCCGCGGAUUUCAUAACGUUUGCCGGCAUCGGGCGUAUCCUUUGCGGACACAGCCGGCAGGAUGUUCCAGCGUGAUCAGCUGUGGCUAUCAUGCCUGGACUUGGAACCUGGAAGGCGGACUCAUCAGGGCACCACAGUUCAAGGACGUACCUAAUUUCAACAAGAGCGAUCAAAGUCUCUGGUCCGUCCAUGUGCAUAUCACACGGGGUGGCUGUAUAUUCGUCAACUUAGAAGCCUCAGAGGUACCAAGCAUGUCCUUCCAACAAUUCUUUCCGGGCCUGGAAGAACUGCUGGAUGACGUCGAUUUUGCCCGAUUUAAGCUGCUAGUGCUUUAUCCGCUGCGGAGCCCACUUUCACUCACAACAAGAAUCGAUGGCUUCCAAGAAUGCUACCACUGUCAAGUCGCUCAUCCCAGCCUGGCAAAGAGUUUCGACAUUAACAAUUACUCACUGAUGAACCAUCCUACUUAUACGCAGCAUGUCGCUAUACCCUCCUCCAACGCCAAAGAUGCAUACGGAAACAGUAACGCGCUUUUCCUAUACUUGUAUCCAAGCAGUGCCAUCAAUUGCUUCGAGACUGGGUGGCAGACUUCUUUCACAUCGCCCAUAGACGCACGAACGUGCCGUGUAUCGAUGGAAUACUGGGUUGACAAGAGCCUGAGCGAGCAAGAGAAGGAAGACUUUGUGAAGAGCUUCUACCAAGUAUUUAAAGAGGAUUGCGACCUCUGCGAGAAAGUGCAGAAGAACGUCGAUGCAGGAGUAUACUCCAAGGGCGUGCUCCAUCCGACCCACGAAAGCGGUGUUCUUGCAUAUCAAGCUCGAACAAGAGAACUGGUGCUGCAACAUGCGGCUCUUGAGGAGAGUGUUGGACAUGAAAUCAAUCCUUCAAACCGGGUUGACCAGAGCACGGGUGUUAUGGAUCGCCCCGAGGAUAGGCUGUGCGCACGUUUGGAGCAUCGGGAAUGGAGAUUAGGUAACAAGGUCUAA